GGCUAUGUGGUGCACGAGAACAAGUUCGUGCAUCCCGACAGCCGCCCGAUCCCAUCUCCGGACCACGCCAGCGUCUACGCAUCGGCUCGAAGAUACCAGGUACCACGCCGUCGCGACUACAUCCCAGGCCGUCCUUUCGUCCCGCCAUCAAACCACAUACCUCUUCCGGGAUCGCGGAGUGUACUAUCUCCAUGGCCGACAAGCUCGUCCGAACGCACACGAACCAGUCGAACCGCGCAAAGGCUAAGGACGCGCUUGAGCGGAAGGUUGUAUUCCGGAGCGUGUUAGACAACCCAUUUCGAGUGCAAUGGCCAAGUAUACCGAUCAAUAUCCAGAACGCCAUCUUGGCUCGGUUCAUCGACAUGGUCCAAGGUGUCUCGGAGUAUCACGUUGAACGUGAGAUACGCAGUCGCAAAAGAAAAUCAUCUCGCGCCGCUACUACUACGCGGGCUACAAAAAGGCCCCGGUGGGCACAUAAACCCAGGGUAGUAGACGGCAUCGUGGCUGGGUCCGCCCCCUUGGAACAAUCUCAGACAGCAGACAGCGUAACUGCUGAUGGCGAACACGAUGUUGUCAAACCACGCCCUGACGUUCUCAAUCAUUUGACGUUCGGCAUAAAUGAAGUUACCAAGUUAUUGGAGAAGACAUCACGCUCGUAUUCCCGCACCACUGUGUCCGCCUCUUCCACACAAGAGCCACCAUCAGAUGACCGACCCAGGAUCAUUCUCGUCUGUCGUGGUGACGUAUCUCCCCCCGCCCUUCUUCAACAUAUACCACAUGUUGUCGCUGCAUGCAACACUCGCGGCAUGGGAAAAGGUACGGACGGCAUCCACCUGGUGACUCUCUCCAAAGGGGCAGAGGCGUCUUUGGCAGAGGCGGUCGGUCUCAGACGGAUAUCUGUGGUUGCGGUGCACGUUGACGCACCCAGCAUAUCCGAACUUACAUCACUUCUCGAAAACAUCCCGCCGCCGACGGCGUCUUGGCUGGCAGCACCUAUGGACACAACCGUAUCAUUGAUCCCCACGCAUAUUAAGCAGUUACGGACUACUGCGCCAAAGGAUAUGAAGGCUGCGAAAGAGCAGAGGUCGCGAGGUCGAGCCGCAGCGAAGCUCAGAAAGAAGGAACGGAUCAAGGGCUCCCAGAAAGCCGGGGUCCCGGCGGCGGAGGCGUAAUUUGCACUAUAGUCGUUGUCAACGACAGUUUUGUAAAUUAUAUGGAACUUGUACAACAUCGCACGACCUAUGAGGGCCACUAUACUGCUCACCAAGCCGUUGUCCGAGUCUGCAG